CUGUUGUUGUUCAGCGCGGCACUUGGUCCAAGGCCGAUAGACUCUCUGUCGCACUCCGCCACCUCCGUUUUUAUUAUAUUUAUUAAAGUCCUAUACUAGAUGGCGAAGAGACAGACUAACCUGGCAAAGAUAGUUCAUCCCAGCUCAAAAAUUACAAACCAAAAGAGAAUCAAUUUGUCCCAAGAUCGGUUAAGUGACUUGCCAGAUGAAAUUCUUGUCUCGAUUCUGUCAUUAUUGAAGUUGGAAGAAAGGCAGAGAACAAGUAUCCUGUCUAGAAGGUGGAGAUAUUUGUGGACAUUUGUGACUUGUAACUUGGUUUUCGAUAAAUCAAGGUUGCAACCUGUGUGGGAGAAAUAUAAGUGUCAUGAGAUUUCUAUUGCUGACUUUAGGACGGCAUUGUAUUCUGAAAGAUCUAAGUUUAUUGUUUGGGUGAAUGGUGUAUUGGAAUUGCAUCAAGGUGAUACUAUAGAUGAGUUUAGAAUUUUCUUUGACAUGGAUGGGACAUUCUCGGCGGUACUUGACAAUUGGAUAAGCUUUUCAAGGAGAAAAAAAGUUAAAAAGCUUUCAUUGAAUUUGUUGUCGCUUGGGCGUCAUAAAUAUUCUCUUACUAGUCAGCCUUUUCAGAGUUACAGUCUUGAAUCCUUAACAGACCUCUCUUUGACUUCUGUGGAAGUGACUGGGGAAGUUCUCGACUAUAUUUUAUCUAAUUGCCCAUUCAUUGAAAUAUUACAUGUGGAGAUAUCAAGGUCUCUAAUGAAUUUAAAGACUUCUUGCCCUUUGCCCAAGCUAAAGCAUUUAAAGAUAAUAUACUGCCAAAAUCUCAAACACAUUCAGAUUCAUGCUAUAAAUCUGGUUUCUUUCAAAUAUUUUGGUUGUGAGACAACAAGGAUCCUUCUAGGUGAUAUUCCCAAUUUUGUUUCUCUGUCUGUGAUGGAUAGCUAUGUUGGCUAUUCAUUUAAAAAUCGUUGCCCAAUUUCACAUUAUUUCUCUCAGCUGGAGACACUUGAAUUAAUGAUUUUGAGAUUUUUCAGGUUCCCCAAAUUACCAAAGUUAAGAAAUCUUAGGCUACUGAAAUUGGAUAUACAUCGACUUUUCAUGGAUGGCAUUCCUUGUUGCACUUCCUUUCUUACGGCAUCCCCUAUGUUGCAAAGAAUUGUGCUCAAGUUUGUUGGGCUAAAUGAUCCCCAAAUGGAUGGAGAAAUAAAUGUGUGGAGGGAUACAUGUCCACACCAAUGCCUCAAGGUGGUUGAAUUGAUUGGUUUUGUUGGCUGUUUUGCUGACAUGCAGCUUGCCUUGUAUUUAAUCAAUAAAGCUACGUCAUUGGAGAAGAUAAUUGUUUAUACACAAAGGCUAAGUCUGGGAGAAAUAUUACAUGAUUCUAGCUAUAUCAAGAAGAAAUUAGCAGCAGCUACAGCUUGUGCGAAGAAAUUAGAAACAAGCUUAGCCCCAGGGGUGGAAUUGUUGAUACUAUAAGGGGGCAUUUAUUUCGAUGUAAUAUGGUAAGCAUUACAACACUGUAAUUUGGAAUUAUUUUGUUUGUUUUGUUUAUUUGUACAUAACUUUAGACAGCGUUUGGUUUAGGGAAUUGACAUUAUCCAAUGACAUUCAAAUUUCUUGGAAUGUGAUCCCUAAAAAUAUAAUUAUCUCUAUGUUUGGCUUGAUUAUGAAUCUACUCAUAUUUCCAAGGAUCUGAGAU